AUGACGAGUGCUCUGCAGGCCAAGCUGGCGCAUUUCCACACGCUCAAGGCUCAAGGGAUGCACUUCAAUGCUUCGCUCUCGCGCAAUCGAGCUUUUCGCAAUCCACACAUAUACGCCAAACUCGUCGACUGGGUCGCCGUUGAUGAGACAGCAAGCGCUUAUCCGGUCAUGGCCGGUAAGGUAGACUACAAGGAAGACAACGAUGCAACCGACUCAGACUUGAUAUGGCCUGCAAGCACGCCGGCAAGACGAGAGCUUCAAAUGCAGGGUGGGAAGACUCACAUCGCUCAGCUACAACGGGCUAAACACGAUGCGGCCGAGGCUAGAAAAGGCCUUGGCAAACGGUCCAACAUCGACUUCGUCCAAUCUUCUAGCACAGAAGGGCGCGCAAAUGAGAGGAAAGACACAACCCAGCAGCCGAAGCGGAGGAAAGGGCAAAGCCGGUGA